UGAUAACAGAAGGAUUGUUUGGAUUCAGCCCUCUGCCUUCUCCUCAGGGCUCUCCCUCACUCAGUCCGCUCAUCCCACAUCCCAACAGGGGUGGGGGGGUAUUUUUUUUUUUACCUGUAUUUGAAUGUGUCCACUUUUAUUUUCCCCCUUUGUGUGUAAUACCUGGGUAAGAUUUGCUUUUUUCUUUAAGGGAUAAACUGGGACACCGGCAGCUGUGUGCGUUGUUUUGCUUAUUCUUUUUCUUUGAUUUCUACUCUGAGAAGUUGGAGGUAGCUUGUGUAAAGCAGCACUGGACCGAGCGGGAGCUCCAUCACUGAGCUGAAGAGGGAGAAGACAAGAACAUUUGGGAGAAGAGGAGGAAGAAGGAACCAUGGGUGUGCAAAAGGAAGAUGUGGAAAAGUUCCUCAAAGGGAAUCCUGAAUUUGCUAAACAAUACUUUGCCAAGAAGAUGAGCCCUGCCUCCAUAUCGAAGGUGUCAGGACUCUCAGAGAAACAAGUCGACUUAAGCAAGUUCCAGGAGCUCAGUCAGGAAAACAUCAAUGUGGAAAAGGUGAUCUUCAAGAUCCUAAAGAGAAUCAGCGCGCUCAUCCACGCGGACCGGUGCAGCUUGUUCAUGUACCGGCAGCGGAACGGCAUCGGAGAGCUCGCCACAAGGCUCUUCAACGUCAACACGGAGGCAGAACUGGAUGACUGUGUGGUGCCACCAGACUCUGAGAUCGUCUAUCCACUGGACAUGGGAAUAGUCGGCCACGUGGCCCUGACCAAGAAGACUGUUAAUGUGAAAGAUGUCACUCAGAGCCAGCACUUCAGCUCAUUCGUGGAUGAACUCACAGAUUACAAGACCCGGAACAUUCUGGCGACGCCCAUCCUCAACGGCAAAGACAUGGUGGCUGUGAUCAUGGCUCUAAACAAGACCACAGGACCACAUUUCACUGCUGAGGAUGAAGAUCUUUUUUUAAAGUAUCUGAAAGUUGCCACUUUGAACUUGAAGAUCUACCACCUGAGUUACCUCCACAGCUGUGAGACACGUAAAGGACAGCUGCUGCUGUGGUCUGCCAACAAGGUAUUUGAAGAGCUGACAGACAUUGAGCGACAGUUUCACAAAGCCUUGUACACAGUCCGAGCCUACCUCAACUGUGACCGCUACUCUGUUGGUUUACUAGACAUGACAAAGGAGAAGGAGUUCUUUGAUAUCUGGCCAGUGUUGAUGGGAGAACAGGCACCUUACUCUGGCCCUGUUACUCCCGAUGGCAGGGAGGUCAUUUUCUACAAAGUUAUUGAUUAUAUAUUGCAUGGAAAAGAAGACAUUAAAGUAAUACCCAAUCCAACUCCAGAUCACUGGGCCUUGAGUAGCGGCCUGCCUACUUACGUUGCUGAGAGCGGUUUUAUUUGUAACAUUAUGAAUGCAGCUGCUGACGAGACGUUCCAGUUUCAGACUGAGCCACUCGACAACAGUGGUUGGACCAUAAAAAAUGUUCUCUCGCUGCCAAUCGUCAACAAAAAAGAAGAGAUUGUUGGUGUGGCCACUUUUUACAACAGGAAAGAUGGAAAGCCUUUUGAUGAUCAGGAUGAGCAGCUCAUGGAGGCUUUGACCCAGUUCCUGGGCUGGUCCGUUUUGAACACGGACACUUACGACAAGAUGAACAAGCUGGAGAAUCGGAAAGACAUUGCUCAGGACAUGGUGCUCUACCAUGUCAAAUGUCGGGAUGAUGAAAUUCAGAAUAUCCUGAACACCAGAGACCUCUAUGACCGUGAACCCAGAGACUGCGAAGAGGAGGAGCUCCUAGAUAUCCUGAAAAAAGACCUACCACCACUGAUUAAGAAGUUUGAGAUCUAUGAGUUCCGCUUUUCGGAUUUUAACUGCACAGAGAUGGAACUGGUGAAGUGUGGGAUCCAGAUGUACUAUGAGGUCGGGGUGGUCAAGAAGUUCCAGGUCCCUCAAGAGGUGCUGGUUCGGUUCAUGUACUCAGUCAGUAAAGGCUACAGAAAAAUCACCUACCACAACUGGCGUCAUGGCUUCAACGUGGGACAGACCAUGUUUACACUCCUAACGACGGGAAUGCUGAAGCGGUACUACACUGACUUGGAGGUAAUGGCCAUGAUAACUGCAGGCUUCCUCCAUGACAUUGAUCACAGAGGGACCAACAACUUGUACCAAGUCAAAUCUGGCAACCCUCUGGCCAAGCUGCAUGGCUCCUCCAUCUUGGAACGACACCAUCUAGAGUUUGGAAAGUUCCUCUUGGGUGACGAGUCACUGAAUAUCUACCAGAACCUCCACAGGCGACAGGUAGACCAUGUGAUUCAUCUCAUGGACAUCGCCAUCAUCGCCACUGACCUGGCUCUUUAUUUCAAGAAAAGAACCAUGUUCCAGAAGAUCGUGGACCUUUCACACACAUAUGAGGAUGAAAAGAAGUGGGUCGACUUCAUGUCACUAGAAACAACCAGAAAAGAAAUCGUCAUGGCUAUGAUGAUGACCGCAUGUGACUUGUCAGCUAUCACCAAGCCUUGGGAGGUACAGAGCAAGGUUGCCUUGUCUGUAGCAGCUGAGUUUUGGGAGCAGGGUGACCUUGAGAGGACAGUACUGGAACAACAACCUAUUCCCAUGAUGGACAGAAACAAGGCAGCAGAACUUCCAAAGCUACAGUGUGGUUUCAUUGACUUUGUCUGCACGUUUGUCUACAAGGAGUUUUCUCGCUUCCACCCACAAAUCCAGCCCAUGCUGGAUGGCAUCCUAAACAACAGGAAGGAGUGGAAUGCUAAAAAAGAAGAGUAUGAGGCUAAACUGAAAGCCAUAGAGGAAGAGAAGGCUGCUAAAGAGGAAGCCGCAGCCAGUAAAGCUACAUCAAACAACACCAGCGGUGGAGGCUCCAAGACCUGCUCAGUGUGCUAAAAGGUCAAAAAGCUGUGCACAUGAUGGGAGUGCACACCGACGGCUCAAGACAGACUGACCUCAGAAUUACUUGAGCACCAUAGCCAGUCAGUCAGUCUCACCGCCCAGGAAAACAUGCAAACAAAGUCAGGAAGACAGAUACAUGAGUGAAUGCAUAGCCCCGUAGUAUUUCUUCAGAUAAACUGGUUCAAAUCAGAAAAGAAAAACCUGAACAAGGAGAGAAUCCUCACCAAGAAGAGUAAUGUUUUAUCUUUAUGGGACACUAACCAGGUGAGCUGAAAAAAAAUUAAUUCAGAACAAGACAGAACGCAGGAUGGAAGUUCAGAUGGAAAGAUGCUGUGUGUGUGUGUGUUUGUUUGUUGUGGGACAAACUUUUAUAUUUCUUUUCACGGUUUCUUUAAAGUAGUUAUGAAACACAGCAAAAAUGAGAGGAUGAAACUUGUACAUACACCUGUGUAGUAAGUGUUACCAAUGUUCACUGUAGAUUAUCAUGUUUGGAGCUGUGUUUUCAAAUACACUGUAUAUUGUACAUUAAUGUAACAUUCACUUAGGGCUUCAGAAUGUAAAUUCAGAUAAUGGGUAGAUAAAACUAUAAUUAAACUACUGUACAUAUAUUCCAAUAUUUCAAAAUGAUCAUUUCAUGUUAACUCCUUCCAGUCACUUACCAUUUACAACUGAGAGUUUGUUUACCUUGAUUGCAGAGAGCCAAAGGUAGAUGACAAGACUGCUGCAGUAAAAGAUGCAUAUUUAUAUUGCAUGGUUCCUUUUUAUGAAUAUUAAGGCAAUGGCAUAGACAUUUAACUUUACUGUCCGCAAACAAACCUGUAGUUGCUUCCUCAUGAUGCCUUCAAACUGUACAUACAUCUGAGAGAGUAGCUGAGAAUGUUAUAUUUUAUGAAUAUACAAUUACAGAUGUCUUAUUAAAUAAGAGCACAGUGAAACACAGUCACUACUCUGGAAAUUAGUUGGUUCCAGAUGAGAUUAACUUUAUUAUGAACUGAAUUAUUGGACCUCAAUGGUAAUCCAAUUUUUUUAAGAAUAUGGUAGCAGGAGCGACCAUAUCUCUCCAACUGCUGCAGAAAGUUACCACUUAUCAAUCCCUGAUGGGAAAAUCAUCCUCUGCAAUGGACCGAUCCAUAAAUAGGAGCAGGGGUCAGUCCUAGCGCAGCACCUAAGGACUCUAGCGCUGAGGCCAGUGUCUUGUUCAAGGGCAAUGAUAGGAGUAUUUAUAAUAGCUAACAAUGACGUGUUUUAAUUUGAGAGGAAAUGGAACAAACGUAAAUGUGGAGAACAUGCAAACGCCACAAAAAAAGGAUCAGGUCAAAGACCUGAACCCAGUGCUAACCACUAGUCCAUCAUACAUCUGCAAUAACAAUUUCUGCAGACAAUGAAGGCUCUAAGGGCAAAGAGCUGUUUGAGACAAAAGAACAAGUUCUUGUAAUGACUUGUACAUACUUCCUUCCUCCCUGUAAAUAUAAAAAAAAUAUUUUUCUAGUUGAAAUAUAGAUGCUUAUUUUUUUAAAUAGUGAAAUUCGUGUGAUUUGUAAGCACUGGCAAAUGAGUCAUCAAGUAAUUUCUUAUUCCCUUAAAUGAUUGAGAUAUGGUUUUUAUCAUGCUUGGCUCAAUUUACUGGUGCAAGAAUUCCACAUAUAGAAAGAAAGAGUGGGUGUAUCAGCGAUGACCAUGUAAUUAUAGGCAAUAAAUGUACCUUAAUAUGCUGUGGAUAUACCCAUUAACAUUUUCAAAUAGACUUCAUUUACUUUAUGGUGAGUAUGUUAAAGCUUGCCUCUUUAUGUGCUCCAUGUGUACAAUGAUGACCCAAAUAAAGCAAAUGUAUUUUUAUGGAGGAAACAGUGAA